GGGUGGGACGUCCGGUGGUGCCGUGUCGGGGUCCGGAGGCUGGAUUUGGAUCGUGCGUCCGUGAUGAGGGAAGGCCGGACGCCCCGUUUCAGUGACGGCGCCGUAGAGGUGCUGCUCGAGCGGGUCAGGGCUCAUAGGGAGAUCCUGUUUCCCUGGGAGGGCAGGAGUGUGCCCCGGGAGUUGGUGCACCAGGCCUGGAUGGACGUAGCUGUCUGUGUGAACGCCAGGAGCGAGGUGCCCAAGACCUGGCUGCAGUGUAGGAAGAAGUUCAACGGCCUGACCUGGGCGGCCAAGGAGAAGCUGGCACGUCGAGCAAGAAAGAGGACCAGUGCUGGGGAGCGGCCACCCUCCAUUCUAGAUCUCACCCACGUGGAGCAGGAAGCUCUGGACAUCAUUGGGCCCAACAGCCGGAGGAGCAUUGAGAACGGCGAGGCUGGAGGCCAAGUUUCACAGGGUCUGUCCCACUACUUGGGCUUCACUGGGCACAAGAUCGAGAGGCACCACCUGAUGGAAGAGGCGCCAUCGCCAGCUCCAUCCUUCCAGUACCACAGCAUGGAAAUCGGCAUGUCAGACAGGAAAGAGGGCGAACUCCAAGAGUCGUCACGAGGUGAAUUAUUCGGCAAUAGUGAGCAGGAGCUGAACAUACUGGAAAGGACAGUGCUGGAGACAGACAGCCAUAGGGUCAACUCAGUUCCCAGCUAUACUGAAGAGGACAAAGAUGCUGAUUUGAGUGGCCCAGCCUUUAAAAGAAUGAUCUUCCAUGAGCAUCACCAAUUGCUCAAGGCUUUGGACAGCCUGCCCAGGAGCUGCCUCACCCUGUCUGAGAGUAUGGAGGAGUCUGCUUCUGUACUAUGUGGUGUUGUGACACAAGGGAUCACAAGCCUGCAGUCUAGCAUGGAACACAUGGUUAGCUCGGUGGAAGCCGCAGUGAGGCCCCCCAUCCCGGAGCCUGUGACCCCUGCGUUAGCCUCGUUGAUCGAGGCUCAAACCGGUGCCAUUCAGGCCCUGGCCUGCACCAUCUCCUCUGGAUUGGAAAGGUUGGGGGCACGGAUCGACCGAGGCUUCAGUCGAGUCACCGGCCUCUUGGAAUCUGCCCUCCCACCAGCCAGUGGUGGCGCCACUGAGGCCAGGUCCCAGGGCAGUGGCAAGAUGGGCAUGGCACGAUCCCAUACCACUCAGGAUGCUAUUGCACCCGCACCCUUGCUGCAUCCCCAACCUCUCACUGCCCCAGAGGCAGCGGCAGUACUUCAGCCUGAAGUCAGGUCUCCUCGCACUCGAUCUGUUCGAGAUCGCCGACCAUAAGCAUCAUGGGCUGUGGUUAACACACUGUAGCCGGGGUGGGAAGCCUUGUAGGAACGCUAGUGUAGGAAAGAGAACUCUACGGAAAGCC